AAAUUCCAUUAGCCGGCUGUUUUUUGGGACUGGAAAGUGUACAUAACCUCCAAAAAUCAAAAUAAAAACAACGUGCGUGCAUUGCUUACAAGAAUUCUUUUCCGAAUAAAGUGAUAAAUAACUGAAAAAAUGGUAAAAAAGAAGAUAGAUAAUCGCAUCCGUGUGAUGAUAGAGAAUGGUGUAAAGUUGGGUCAUCGAACAAUGUUUAUUGUAAUUGGAGAUAAAGCUAGGGAUCAGGUGCCAAUUCUCUAUGAUAUGCUAACAAAGUCCACCACAAAGGCUCGACCAACUGUUUUGUGGUGCUACAAGACAAAAGAUGAGGCAAUUUCCAGUCAUGGGAAGAAGCGUUCGAAGAAAAUUCAAUCUGGGAAAAUUGAUUUGAAUGAGGCGGAUCUCUUUGAUGUUUUCCGGAUAUCAACAACAAUUCAUGGGCGAUACUACUCAGAUACACAUACGGUUUUGGGUAGGACGUAUGGUGUGUGCGUUUUGCAGGAUUUUGAGGCACUUACGCCUAAUUUGUUGGCCAGAACUGUUGAGACAGUUGAAGGAGGUGGCUUGAUUAUUCUGUUGCUGAAGAAGAUGUCUUCCCUGAAGCAACUGUACACCAUGAGUAUGGAUGUUCACAAGAGAUACCGCACUGAGGCACAUCGGGAUGUCACUUGUAGAUUCAAUGAGAGACUUAUUUUGUCUCUGGCUGAUUGCAGGAGAUGUCUCUUGAUGAAUGAUGAUCUCACGGUACUGCCGUUUAGUUCGAAAACUGCUGAUGUGAUCCCUGUUGAUGUGGCAAACAUUGCUCCAUCGUCAAAUGACGAGGCCUUGGCUGAACUCAAAGAAAGUCUCAGUGAUACUCCACCAGCUGGUCCUCUGGUGAAGCUCUGCAAGACUUAUGAUCAAGCCAAGGCAGUGGCUCAGUUCAUUGAUGCCCUAGCGGAAAAACAGGUUAAACCACCGACUUCUCUGACAGCAUCCCGAGGAAGAGGAAAAUCUGCUGCCAUGGGAUUGGCAAUAUCAGCAGCAAUUGCCUUUGGAUAUGUCAAUGUCUAUGUGACUUCGCCUCAUCCUGAAAAUCUCAUCACACUCUUUGAGUUUGUCCUGAAGGGUUUCGAUGCACUGGAGUAUCAGGAACAUUUGGAUUAUACAAUUAUUCGCAGUACAAAUCCGGAUUUCAAGAAAGCCAUCAUCCGUAUUAAUAUUUCCCGGAAUACCAGGCAAACAAUUCAGUAUGUUUCUCCAAUUGACAGUCAUUUGGUCAAUGCAGCAGAUCUUCUGGUGAUUGAUGAAGCUGCGGCAAUUCCUCUGCCAAUUGUGAAGAAGAUGCUGGGACAGUAUUUGGUCUUUAUGGCGUCCACGAUCAAUGGAUAUGAAGGGACAGGGAGAUCGCUCAGUUUGAAGUUGAUUUCGCAAUUGCAAAAGGAUAACAAUGCUCCGCCUCCGAUAAAACUUGAGGAAUCUAUUCGAUACAGACCUGGAGAUGAUGUAGAAUCCUGGUUGACAUCUCUGCUCUGCCUGGAUGCCACUGUUGUGCCUCCGCUGAAUAGUGGAUGUCCUACUCCAGAAUCCUGUGAACUCUACUACAUUGACAGGGAUGCUCUGUUUUCCUAUCACAAGGCUGCUGAGGCAUUUUUGCAGAGAAUCGUCUCAAUUUAUGUGGCUUCGCACUAUAAGAACAGCCCAAAUGAUAUUCAAAUGAUGAGUGAUGCUCCAGCUCAUCAUUUAUUCUGCCUACUAGGACCAAUUGCCAAAAAAGAUGCUCUGCCAGAGGUUCUCGUGGUAAUCCAAGUGUGCCUUGAGGGAGAAAUUUCAGUGGCAACUGUGCAGGAUUCCAUGGCACGUGGCAAGAAAGCUGCUGGAGAUUUGAUACCAUGGAUUGUGUCUGAGCAGUACAAUGAUGUGAAUUUCCCAAAAUUGGCUGGUGCUAGGAUUGUCCGGAUAGCCACUCAUCCGAAUUACCAGAGAAUGGGAUACGGCAAGAGAGCAAUAAAAUUGCUAAAGAAUUACUACGAAGGAAAGUUUGUAUCCUUGGAUGAACAGGAGGAAUACGAUGAAGAUGACAAUGGGAUUGAGAAGGUGGAUGAUGAGGGUUUGCUACAGGAAAACAUUGCACCGAGAAAGAAACUUCCAACACUUCUCAAAAGACUCUCAGAACGACGUCCUGAGAAGCUCGAUUACAUAGGAACUUCCUACGGACUUACCCUGGAUCUCUUGAGAUUCUGGAAGAAAUUCCGCUUUGUUCCGGUGUAUCUGAGUCAGAAGGAGAAUGAUUUGACUGGAGAACAUUCCUGUAUUAUGAUAUCGCCUCUGGCAACGAACAAAACAGCUUCAGAUUCUUGGAUUUCGGCAUAUUUUUGCGAUUUUCGUCGAAGGAUUUUGAAGCUCUUGGGCAAAAGUUUUCAAUCCUUCUCUUCAUCACUAGCACUCUCCCUCAUAGACAAUCCCACUGCUGGAAAAUCUGCUCAAGUCGAAAGUCUCACCAUCACGACAAUCAAUACAUUUUUCCUGCCACACGAUAUUCAGCGAUUGGAAGCAUAUUCCCGCAAUCAAGUGGAAUAUCGUCUGAUUCUCGAUCUCACCACGGAUCUCGGUAUGCUAUACUUCCAGAACAAACUCGAUGGAAUUGAUGCCAUUCAGAAGGCUCUCCUUUUGGCCGUAGGACUUCAGAAUAAAUCAAUAGACACAGUAUCAGAGGAACUCAAUAUGCCAUCAAAUCAAAUCCUCGCCAAAUUCUACAAUGCCAUCAAGAAACUCACAAAACAAAUAGUCGAUCUGAUGGAAAAUAAAGUCCAGGAAGAAAUGACAAUUAAAGAAAUCAAAGAAGACAAUCAAUUUGAACCACUAAAAGAAUCUUUAGAUGAUGAACUCACAGUGGCAGCCAAGGAACUGGAGAAGAAGCAAAAGAAGGAGCUCAGUCGUCUCAAAAAGGAGAAUCUCUCCCAAUAUGCCAUCAAGGGAACAGAAGAAGAAUGGGGAAAGGCUCUGGCAGUCAAUAAAUCUUCAAUAAUUUCUGUUAAAAGUUCUUCUGUUUAAUUUGCAGCGGAGAGAAGAGGCUGUUAGAAAAUGAAGAUGCACUAGAGGAGUUUCAGGAGUCAACUAAAAAGCGAAAGAAGAAAUUUAAGAAAUCCCAAAAGAAAUAAUAAAAUUGAAAAUUGAGGUAA